UCUGCUUGCAGAGAUAAUAAACAAGCGGUGGAAAUAUAUACAAUCUGGGCAUUUGCGAUCAGAUCGAACUUCCAACUUGUUCAUCUUUCAUUACCCAUUUCGCUUUGUAUUCCAACGAUCGAGCUUUCUCAUCAUCCAGAGUCGACCCAAGAUCACAUCCUUUGACUUAAAUCUCAACCUUUGAUUUGAUCUUGCUUCUCCAGGUUAGAUAAAAUCCGAUGGACGACAAUAACCCGCCUCGGGCGUUACGUAACCACCACGGCAGUUCGUCGUCGUCUUCGUCGUCAUCGUCCGAGUCGUCCGACCAUCGCGGAGCAUGUCACACGUCAUCCGCGGGACACACCACGACACCCGCGCGGAAGAGCCGGUACGCCGCGGACGACGCCGUGGGGGACCGGAUAGAGUGCACGGGGAGGUACUGCAAGUCGUGCAGCGGUACGUUGAUCGCGGACUGCGUGGCGCUCUGCUGCUGCCCCUGCGCCGUGGUGAACUUUCUGACCCUGGCGUUCGUUAAAGUGCCGUGGAUGGUGGGGAGGAAGUGUCUGGGAUUGGGGAAAAAGAAGGGGCAGAAGCGGGAAAACAAGAGGAGAAAAUGCAAGGGGGGUGGGAGUAGUAAAAGCGGGAUUGAGUGGGUGGUGGAGAGAGGGGAGGAGGAGAGGAAACAGCCUGAGGUUUCACGGCGCGGCGGGUACGGCGAGGAGGAAACGGAGUGCGGUGGUGCGAGGCUGGAGGCGGAGAGGGUGUGGUUAGAGUUGUACCAGAUUGGACACCUGGGUUUUGGGAGAGUUUCCUUUACUGGUACUCAAUCUCUGGGUAAUAAGGGGCAAUUAGGGAACGUAAGUUAAUUGUAUACGAUAAUUGUUUGUGUAAUGUAAUUUAAUUUGUAUUCAA